UUGCAAUCUCCAAGAAGUGAAUGCCAGAAAGGACGCCGAGCCAUGCCCCUUCUCUUGACCUGCUGCAUGCAGACGACCUUUCGAUGAGGUGGCUGUGGUUCUCUGGCAUUCAAAACGACGCAUCAUUGGUGUAAAAUUGGAAUUAUGGAGGGCGCAGCCUUGAACAGCCUCGAUUGAUCUUUGCUAAGGGAUGGAUUCCUCCGGCGUUCCUGAAAUCUUCAACCGCGGCCUUGAUUGCGUCGUCCGGCGAGCUGUGAUUAUUGGGAACGGGGCGGCGGGCGCAGAGAAGCAGUGCGUGGGCCUUGUGCGCGCACUGGGCCUGCCAGAGCGAAGCUGCCUGCUGCAGCGAGUAAACCGCCCUCGUGACGGCCUCCACCACUAUCUGCGAUGGCUCCCCCUGGCUUGGCACAACAACCUGCACCGGACGCUCGCUUAUCUGGCGAACCGCUCAACUCAAGUGGUCCCCAGUUCGUGGCUGCGUGAGGGGCGAAACGACGGGGUGCAGGAGGGCGCGCGGAUCGGGGUUGCUCGAGACGUGCCCGAUGCGGACCCGGAAGCAAUUGCCAGGGAAGCGAACAGCCAGCUGAACAGAGAGGGCCCACUUCUUGUUGUUGCGUCGGGGCGCGACACGUGGAUGCUGGCGGCCGAAGUCAAACGACAGGCGCCUUCGACCACCUUCGUUGUACAGAUUCAGCACCCCCGAGCGGACGUCUCCCAGUUCGAUCUAGUUAUCACUCCUGCCCACGACUUCUAUCCGACCACUCCCGUGGGCCAAGCCGAAAGGCGGGCGGCCCUGCCUUUUUUGGGCAAGCACCAGCAGCUCAUACCCAAGCUGCCGGUUGGGCUGCAGCAAUUACUAUUGCCCCAGCUAAACCCCCCUUCUAAAAACAUGGUCCUAACAGUCGGCGCCCUCCACACUGUCGACACCGCCGUGCUGCGCAUGGAAACCGCGCGUUGGCACGACGUUUUCUCCUCUCUCCCCGCCCCCAUAGUCGCCGUCAGCAUAGGCGGGCCGACCCGGCACUGUCCGUACGGACUCGACUUGGCGGCGGAGCUCGUGACGGGGCUUCGGACGAUGCUGGCAGCGAACGGGGGGUGCGUACGGAUGACGAUGUCGCGACGGACGCCUGCGCACAUAGCGCGGCACGUCCGGCAGGAGCUGGCUGGGGAGAGCCGGGUGAAGAUCUGGGACGGGCGAGGAGACAACCCGCACCUGGGCCACCUGGCUUGGGCGGACACGUUCAUCGUGACAGCGGACUCGGUGAGCAUGCUGAGCGAGGCCUGCAGCACGGGGAAGCCCGUGUACGUCGUGGGGGGCAGCCGCUGCCGCGGUAAGAUUGCCGCCUUCCACCGCACGCUGCAGGCGCGGGGCGCGACGCGGCCCUUCACGGGCACGGAAGACAUGCGUUCCUCUUGGAGUUAUCCCCCCCUGACAGAUACCGCCGACUCUUCAAGGAAGAUUGUUGAAAUGAUGGCUGAACGGGGUUGGAGUAUAAGCAAGGGUCCAUGACCGUGUCAAGUCGUCUGUGUGCCGCUGCACGAAGGCUUCUGCCUUGCUGGAUAGCCAGUGUCGCCUUCAACGGGAUGCUAAUACAGCAGAUUUGUUGCUACAAAGCUACAGGAUCUAUAAGCAUGUUAUGUUACAAUAUAGCGCAUGCGGUGGUUGAU